GAAUGGAGCUUCAGACUGCAGAAUGCCGUCUUGGAGGCGCAGAUCCCAGGCCCAGGCGCCGAUGGACUUCUCCAGCCGAUACGGCUGAGAAACAAGAUGUCUGGACGAGAGAUGCCUCCUGCAGAUGUUCUUCUUGCCAGUCUUCCCGGCCGAAGCCAGGAAAUGACGGACUUUCGGGUAGUCGGCAUGAACCUGAGCAGGAUCGAAGCCCAGGCAAAUGCAUCCCAAAUGGCUUUGACCAUGCCGGGAUGGGCUGUCACUGCCGUUUUGGAAUCGCUUUCAGCUCCCUGGAUGGCAGUUUGGUCGGCGGAGCUCCGGGACGGCUCCAACUACCUGAAGCUCUCUGCACAGCUGAGCUACAGAGGGCGGAGCGCAGACGAGAAGAGCGCUGACGGGGAUCCGGAGGCAGAGGCGGAGUUAUGUCUGCUCUCUGGCAACCUGCCGGGCAGCUCCGUGGCGGGGAAGGUUGAUGGUGUCCCCAUUACUUCAGAUGACUUCUUCUUUGGUCUCGAGCACCCCCAGGGCCUGAACUCCGCCAAGGCCGGAGACUAUCGAUGCUGCUUAAAACAGCAUACUGCGAAGAUAAAGGAGCACGGCCCGCACGCAGCUUUGGUUCUGGGUGUGACGGUGCCAGGCCAGGCAAUAAACCGGCUGGAUCACAUCGCGAGGGAGCUGUCACGACGAGGAGUCAUGCUAGACUCUUUCCUGCUGGAUGAUGGCUGGGACGACCCGGACAGUGGGCCGUGGAACGCCCACGAAGGCUUUCGUGACCUGAAGCAGCUGGAAGACCGCGCGGCACACUGGAAGACCUCCCUGGGCCUCUGGUUUUCGCCUUUCGGUGGCUAUCAUGAAGCGAGGCAGCGGCGUGUCCUCGCUGCCCGGAGGGCGGGCAUUGCCGUGCGGGAGGAGACGCGUGAGAGGAAGUCGGCAGUGCUUCGCCCAGGCGGCUGCACGCAGGCAUCGCCCUGCGAGGAAGGGGAGGGCAGAUGCGGCAGCAAUCAUGAUUGUCUGGGGCAGCUCGAGUGCUGGCACACCACUCUCGCCAUCAGCCCGCCGGGGGUGGACCUCUCGGGCAUUUCUGGCUCCGACAUUCGAGUCUGCUUCGAUCCAGGAGCACACUCUGCCUUUUUAGGACUGGGGAUCAAGGAGUACUACCUACACUUGCGCGAUCAGAUUUGGACAUGGUUGCGUGGGGGCGCGAAACUCUUGAAGCUUGAUGGUAUCGGGAACCCAGCCGGUCUUGACCAAACUUUGGAAGAAGACUUCGAUGCAGCCGUGAGCCUCAUAGCGGAGCUGCGGAAGAUCAGUAGCCAUGUCUUCAUCAAUCUGUCAACAGGGACGUGGCCGUCUCCUUUCUGGCUCCUUUAUUCAGACACUGUGUGGAGAAGGGGCCAUGACCACUACUUCGAAGGCAAGGGGCCCGCGCGCGAACGUUGGAUAACAUACCGCGAUGCAAUGGUCUAUGCAAAUGUUGUGACGCAGUCACCCUUGUUCCCUCUGAGCUCAUUGAUGGUUCAUGGAAUCGUUUUUGCGAAGGAUGCCUGGGACCUGAAUCAGCUCGAGGGCGCGGGACCAGGAAUGUCGAACGAGCCCUUCAAGCAUGAAGUCAGGUCAGCUUUUGGAUCUGGCGUGAUGCUGCAAGAGCUGUAUGUGACACCCAGCUUACUGAAUCGCGAGAACUGGGACGAUGUUGCAGAAGCAGCUAAGUGGGCCAGCGAUCGAAUCCAGACUCUCGCUGAUGUUCAGUGGUUCGGAGGGGAUCCCUCCAAGGGCGAGGUAUAUGGUUGGGCCGCUUGGCAUGGGAGCACGCAGAAGACAUCCGCAAUACUGACCCUGCGCAACCCCUCCCCCCACAGGCAAUCCGUCUAUGUUGAUCCCGUGAGAGUUUUCUCGCUUCCAGACUAUGUUGUUGGGCCUCUUGUGCUGAACACGCCGUUCUCUGACCAGCGGCCAAGACAAAUUCAAUUGGUCCGGGGCCGUGUCGCUCUGGUGGAUUUGCCACCUUUCGCUGUAUUGGUCUUCGACACCAGCGGUCCCACCCCCUCGGCCUGGGCUGUGUAUAUUGAUAUCCUCGUCGAUAACUCUGCAAUCCUCUUCUGGACCCUCCUGGCCUUGCUUGUGGCUGGCUUCAGCUUGCGUGGGACCUCUGCAUCACCACCUGCACCGGCCGUCCCUGUGGAAGAGCUCCGACGGCGGCGGCUUGCCGCACUUGAACGGCGCGCUCCGAACCAGUAA